UUCAUAUCCCUCUGCGCUUGUCGACAUAUUUUGGUGACGUGAACACAAGGAAAGAAAGAAGGAGACACUAAUCUCAUAGUUUCCAAACUGAAUUUGCUUCUAGCUGACAGAAGCAUUGUCUUUGACAAUGAAUACUUAUGUUACUCAUCCAAGUGUUCGGAUUAAAGGUACAGAAAAUAAUUUAACUCCCAUAAGAUGUGUGGAUCAAAGGUGUGGUGAUGGUACAUUACACAUGCAUUGCCCAUUCUGUGUGAAGACUGAAUUGUAUCAUGACCCAGUCAUACUAAAGGCUCAUUAUAGAGUUAAACAUGUAGAUAAAGGAAUAGACUUUGCUGGUUUGAAAAUUUUACGCUGCUGUGAUCAUUGUGACAUUGUUGGUAUAAUAAAAGGAGAGAAAAAAUUUAAAGGAGCACAUUGGCAUUGUUAUAAAUGUCGUAAUGGAUUUAACAGGAGAGACGAAGCUAUUAAACAUUACAAAACACACUUCAGAAAUCCACAAACCACUUUUCAGAUUCAAAUUGCUCAGGAAGUGUAUCCUCCUAAAUAUGAAGAUGAGAUGACCUCUACAGUUGUUGAUAGUACCGGUCUUUCUAUCCAUCCAGCCCUUACAGAAGCUGUCAUGUCUACGUCGGUUGGACAUGAAUUAGCUGCAAUAAGCCAUCCAACCCAAGUGAGUUUAACUAAUGUAAAGUCAGGUGAAAUCCACACAUCUGUUGCUGCUGAGGAAACUGUAGAUAGUUCUAAUGGUCAGACACAUCAUAUAAUGAUCAUACAAGAGGAACCACCAACACAAGUUAUAGCUAAUGAUGAGGUGAAUAUAGAAGUUAAUAUAGAGGAAGAAAAAGAGAUUGCUGAGGAAGAGAAUACAGAUAAUCAAUUUGAAGAUCUUAAACAGAAAUAUAAAAAAUUAGAGGUGGAGAAAAUCUUAGUGGAACAAUCUUAUAAAUCAGAUAUAUCAGAAUUACAAUCUCAGGUUAAUGAAUUGCGAAAUGAAAUAGCUGAAUAUCAGAAACGUGAACAAGACUAUUUAGAACAAUUGAGUGUACCCCUAGACAAAAAUAUAGAAAACAUUCUUAAACAAAUGGAAAAUCAACAUAGGAGUUUACUUCAUCAACAUUUACUUAAUCUUAAACGUGAAUACAAACCUGUUCCUUUAAUAUUAAAUACAAUGUCAACUGAGAACCAUCAAUACCUGCCACAAAACAGUAUAGAACUUGUUCAGGAAGUGUCCCCUGCCACUAGUAUGUGUUCAUCUACAGACAAUGUCUCAAGUUCUAACUUAGAUAUGCCAACAAGUAUGAACUUAGAGGAGACUAUCACACAAAACAUUUGUAAUGGCAAUAAUGAUAUUACGGACGAAUCUUCUGAACAUAGAAUAGAGGGUACUAAAGUUCACUUUGAGAAAAGUGCUUCGGGUGAUCCUUUUGUUGUGUGUAUACAGUAUGAAGACACUGGUGAUCCUAAGUGUGCAAAUGUAAUGGUAGAAAUGGCUACAGACGAUAGUGUAGAAACAAUCGGUGAACCAAUGGUAAAACGUGUCAAGAUUUCAUGAUCAAAACACGACAAAUAAUACUAUUAUACAUUUAUUGAAGGUUGGAAAAACAUCAAGAAGAAAUAAAUUAUCAAAUCUUCAUAUUUAAAGGUUGGAAAGACAUCAAGAAGAAAUAAAUUAUCAAAUCUUCAUAUUGAAGGUUGGAAAGACAUCAAGAAGAAAUAAAUUAUCAAAUCUUCAUAUUGAAGGUUGGAAAAAUAUUUAUAAGAAAUAAAAUGUAUUCAAUCAUUAGAGAGAAAGCGGUGUGACAUCAUAUCUAUGCAUUUAUAUUAUUGGUAAGACUGAACCAUAUUUCCAUUGUAAAGAUAAUUAACCAUGGUGAAUUAGAAAGAAAAAAAUACUCAUCGUCAGACAAAUAUUAAAUUAAA